GCCACCAGUAUCAAAUACUGAAAUUCCUUCUGUUAUUGACCACCGGAGGAUAGUAUCUAGUUCUAAUGGCUAUAACUCUACGGCUGAUUGGACAUCAUCAUCUGGAAGAGAAGAUUCUAAUUCAAGACUUCCAGAUCGAACCUCUGGCCAAAUUCCUGCUUCUAGUCAAUCUGUUGUAACUUCGCAGAGGCCUGCCAGCCAGGAAGGCCGUUCAGGAAGUAAAUCAUAUUCUGAGGAUGAGUUGAGAGAAAAAUCUGUUUUGACCAUUCGAGAAUAUUACAGUGCAAAAGAUGAAAAAGAGGUUGUUUUGUGUAUUGAGGAGUUGAAUGCUCCAAAUUUCUAUCCUUUUCUUGUAUCACUUUGGGUAAAUGAUUCCUUUGAGAGAAAAGACAUGGAAAGAGAGUUGUUGGCUAAACUUCUCGUCAGCCUUUGCAGUGGUCGACAUAAUUUGUUGAGCAAGCAACAACUCAGUGAUGGCCUUUCAAAUGUUCUUGCCUCAUUAGAAGAUAAUCUAAGUGAUGCUCCAAGAGCCACCGAGUACCUUGGACGACUUCUUGCAAGGUUUAUGGAGGAAAGCAUAUUGCUCUUGCAAGAGGUAGGUAAAUUGAUUCAAGAAAGUGGAGAAGAACCAGGGUACCUAAUACAAGGCGGUAUUGCGGCUGACAUCCUAGGUGCAGUCCUGGAUUCCAUUAAAUCAGACAAAGGUAAUUCAUUCUUGGAUGAGAUCAAGACAACUUCAAGUUUAAAGUUGGUUGAUUUCAGACCACAACAUCUUAAGCGAUCAAAGUUGGACGCCUUCAUGUAGGCACAAAAGUUAUUGUUACCUGGUAAGUCUGUUCUAGUCCAGGUGUAAAUAUUGUUCUUGGGUAGUUAUUUGUUCUAAAGACAUACACUUGAUUUAAAUACUCUGAACUAUUCUGAUGACAGAUUACCAACGGGUGUGGUCACCAAGCAGUUUAGUUUCUUCGCACCUAAAUACC